UCUGGCUCGUGAAAAACAAAAAAACACAAGAGUUCAAGCAGCAGCUCUGCGGAGGCUGUGUCGUUGAACCUCGAGAAUAUAAGCAAAAUUAAUGUGCUCUAACCACACCAACCAUACAGCUUAUAACCAUACACACGCCAGGGUUAACUCUAGAAGCAGGUUUGAGCUUUACAAUUUUAACACAAAUGAAGAUCAAGCCUUGAUAAACAAGAAACUACCCAAGGAACUUAUUUUAAGGAUUUUUUCAUUUCUGGAUGUAGUUUCCCUGUGUCGCUGUGCGCAGGUGUCAAAGCUUUGGAAUGUGUUGGCUUUGGACGGAAGCAACUGGCAACGGGUGAAUUUGUUUGACUUUCAAACAGACAUAGAGGAGACAGUAGUGCUGAACUUGUCAAGAAGAUGUGUAGGCUUUCUAAGAAGCUUGAGUUUGAGGGGAUGUAAGAGUGUUGGAGAUGGGGCAUUAAGAAUCUUUGCUCAACAGUGCAAGAAUAUUGAGGAAUUAGUCUUAGAUGGAUGUAGAAGAAUUUCUGAUAGCACUGCCAUAAGUUUAAGUAACUACAGUGGACGACUCAAGCAUUUAGAUAUAUCAUCCUGUCAUCAAAUCACAGAUAACUCUCUUAGUGCACUAAGUAAAGGCUGCACCAAGCUGCAGUACAUUAAUGUAUCAUGGUGUAAUCAAGUCUCAUCUCAUGGUCUUAAGUUACUAGCACAAGGCUGUCAUGACUUACUAGUACUUAUAGCAAAAGGAUGUUCAUUGGUAACAGAUGAAGGGAUAUAUCAUCUUACUAAACAUUGUGCCCAACUUCACACUAUCAACUUACACAGCUGUGAGAAUAUAAAAGAUAAUGCCGUAAAGGCAGUCAGUGAACAUUGUCGAGAGAUCUCAUUUCUGUGUGUAUCUGGCUGUAUACAGCUGACAGAUGUGGCACUUCAACAUCUGGGAAGUAACAGCCAUGGGCUUAGAACUUUAGAAGCUGCACAGUGUUCACAGUUUACAGAUGCGGGGUUCCAAGCACUUUGUAGGGGUUGUAAUAAUCUCCAACGCAUGGAUUUAGAAGAGUGUGUUUUGAUCACAGACACUACUUUGAAUCACUUAUCACUCUGGUGUUCUGGCUUAGAGAAACUAAGUCUUUCCCAUUGCGAGCUUAUAACAGACGAAGGCAUUAGACAAUUAGGUGGCAGUCCCUGUGCUGUGGAUCAUAUUGAGGUCCUGGAAUUGGAUAACUGCCCUCUUAUCACAGACAACGCCCUGGAACAUUUAAUAAACUGCCGAGAACUCAAGAGAAUAGAACUUUACGAUUGCCAGUUGAUCACAAGAGCGGGAAUUAGAAGACUUAAGGCGCAACUACCGGACUUAAAAGUUCACGCAUACUUCGCCCCUGUCACCCCUCCCCCGAGUGUCGGUGGCGGACGACAGAGAAUGUGUCGAUGCUGUGUGGUGUUAUAGUAUCGUAACAUAUAAUUCCAUAACGUCCUGUAGCACCCAGUCGCCACAUGCUGUAUCAAUCAUGUCCUCGUUCUUGCCCUUAUUUGCCUUCUUAACCCUUUAACUCCUAGAAGUGAUCGACAUGUAACUUCUCCCUAUAAUAUCUUUUCAUCAUUCAGCAAAUAGGUAAUGAGAAUGUUCAAACUUAUCAGGUAGAAGUUGUUAUCUUGAUCUACCAUCAAAUUCUCAUAAUUAAUAUACAAGGAAAUGAGUAGCAGGUAGAGGGGAGAAUUAACAAUCAGAUCUUGGGAGUUAAAGGGUUUAAGUUGUUUCGGUUUGAGUGUCUUUAAGUAGGGUCCUCAGUUCGUGGGUGUUCUUCUCCUGCUUUGUUCAGUCUUAACCGCUCCUUUUGUCCUCAUUCCUCCUUCCUCCCUCUUUGUAUCCCUUCCCUACCUUAUUUCUCACCUGUUUUCUAGCCUGUACAUUCUUCCUUCCUUCUCUCUCCUUCCUCCUGGCUUUUGCCUCCCUAUCUUCCUGCAUAUCUUCCGCCUCCUACCUGGCUUCUCUUUUCUUCUGCCUCAAACCCAUCUCCCCUCUCUUCACCUCGAAGACUCCCCCUUGUUUUCCACUUUCCUCCUUUUCCUAAACUUAUGUUCUUAUUUGAGUGUUGUAAGUCGAUAUUCUUGCAUUACUGAAAAAACAAAAAAACAAAAAAAAAAAACAUAACAGAAAUGAUUUAGGUACAUCCAUUAGCCAGAGGCACGAAGCCUAAAUUCAAUAACGGGUUAGGGUUAACGUGCGUAGAGAUUGUAUUUGCUAGAAGUAUUUUAAAGCCAGCGAAAGGAAAAUUUCCACUAACAGAAUGUUUAAUGCAGUGAACCAUUUCAUUUUUCAAGCCAUUUUAAUGUUGCCGAAGUAAAUGUAAAUAUAACAGUACUCAUAGGUGCUUUAAAUAAUUGCUGAAUGAAUCAAUGGUAGGCAUCGAUUUUUCUUCGAUAUGGUGAUGAUUUUAAGGCAAUUUUGUUUAUAGUGUUAAUAUAAAGGGCCAUUUUAAUAAUUUCUGUAUAUAAAACCAAACGGUCUCCGUAAUGAUCUAAUUUAUUUAAUUCUGAACUUGCUACACUCGCCCCGGGCAAAUGUGCCCUGUGUUGGGUCACUGUGAUGUUAAUAGUCUUUUCCUCUGUUCUUUUUGUUGUUCUUGUUAUAAAGGUGGCUCUUCCUGUUUUGUUUCAUGACGAAAACAUUUUUGCAAACGUUAAAGAAAAUGGUUUAUUUUGUUAGAAGCGAGACUUUAGCUCUCCCACCGCUUUUCCUUCUCGUCAGCAUUUUCUUUUAUCCCUGCGUCGGCAAACUCAAACUCCUCGUGUGCUCGAGCUUUUUUCCGCUAGGCUGCCUUCACGUUAACAUUGUGUGACGUAACGUAACGUAGCGAUCGCAGCGCAUCAGUGAUUCCUAUAGGACUAUGAGUGGGGAUCGUUGUGUAACCGCCCAGUUAGUCAAAAACAGACUGACAAGUUUACUGGCUUUUGAUUGCUCUGUUAUGAAGGGUUACGCUUUAUUGCUUUACAAAGUUGUAUCUGAUUUUGGCAACGAAAAGCUGUUUGGAAAUCACGCAUCACUCAAGCUUUCUUGGAUUUCAACUUUACGCGGAUGAUGGUCUGUGACCCUCAUCAGCCCCAAUCCCCUGCCGGUCAGGAAGGGUCUUGUGUUCCUAUAGCUUAGAUAGUUAUGUUCAGAGCAUUUGAAGCCAGUACAGCGAGUGUUAAACAUACUUAUUCACAUAAUUGUAUGGCGUAACCCCUCUAGUCUCAGGAAAGACUCGUGCGCAACUUCUCCUGAUCAUAUCAUCACAUUCUGAAGUAGACAGGUUAAGAGUGAAGAGACUCAGCUCUUGCAGAUGUGGCGUGAAAUUCUAUUAGGCAACUCUCUGAUCUUGGGGUUGGAAGGGUUAAUUACUUCUACCAUUUGCUUUGGUAGUUGUGACUUUUUAAACAGUGUUCCAAUUUGAUGUUAGUGCAGAGUUUGUUUUACGGCACGCCGUGAAGUUGUUGCUUUUAAUCAUGAUUGGAAAUAGGGGAAUGAACUGAUUAAAAUAAAAAUAAGGUAAAAACUACAAGAACUUGA